UUUAGCAUCAUGGAUAAAAAUAUAAAGAAAUCUGUAACAUUGUCGUAUUGGCUUGUGCUAAUAGUACUGAUUUUACUUGAACACCCAGCUGCAGUGGCAUUAACUGUUAGUGGUGUUUCGUUUGAAAGUCAUGUAGAUUACGACCAAGCUGAUUCUUCUGAUACCUGUAGUGCCUGGGAAGAAUUUGACGGGACGGAAUGUGUUUGUGCCAGUAGCAGUGCUGGAUGUAAUGACGAUGGCGGAAUGGUUUGUGAUGACCAAGGGGGACAAUAUCGUUCCUCUUGCUAUUUCUCUCUACAGAUGUGCCAACAAAACAUUAGUAUUGACGACAACAUAGUAUCCUGUGGUGCAUGCGACACACUAAGGCUUACCGGCGGGAAACACUAUCCUAAAGGUGUCACACUAGCAAAGUUCACAAGACAAGGACCAGAGGCAGGAUUAGCAACAAGAUAUAAAUCUAUAAACGACAAUGAAACAGAGGUUUUCUUUGUACCAAAACUGAAUGCAUGGACAAUUGGGAAAUCAACUGUCAAUGGCAGUUUUGUAUCUAUGAUUCAACCAAUAAAUGCCUCAUUCCCUGGAGAUGGUGUUCCAGGAAUGCUGAUACCAAACCAAAACGGAACGGAUAUUACAUGGGAGUUGGACGAAACUUUUCGCUUGGAAUGUGUCAAAGAUCAUUUACCAGGAGUAAGAGUAAAGAGAUUUAUCUUUAUGGCUAUAUUCGCUGCUGUAUCUGUAAUAACCGCAGCGACAACAACUACAUUACAUGUAGUACAGUCUAAGAAGGGAUGUCUGUAUUAUCCAAGUGUGUGUUCCAUGAGAAAUGAAAUCAAGAACCAUCUUUUACCAUCCUUAAAAAAGGACAAGGAAAGAUUCCUAACACUAUACGGACAGCCAAAAGAGUUUGAAUCAGUAGUAGACAAAAUACAUGACCAAAUUCAAAUAAUUCAAGAGAGAAUAAUAAAAAUACCAGAGUUACACACAACCCUCAAUAUAAGUUUGUCUAGCUUAGUGCAAACUUACAGCUCAAUGAAACAUGAUUUUCCUCAACUGAACAAUUUUUUAUCUCACUAUGACGAUUGGUUAUCCAGUGUAUUGUCUGCUGCCGGAAAUGACGUGGCUAUGCUUCCCAUGGAGGUCUUAAUGGCUAUGCCAGCACUUGUCGCUGAAAGUGCCACUUCAAUGGCGCUAGCAAUGUCUGGCAUCGGUGCUGUUCUAUCAUUUGCCUUUGGAAUCGUAGAUGUAGUUUCAAGUGUCUUAGAUGAGAAGAAAGUAAGAAACCAAUUACAGAGUAACAAAAACGUCCUUAUUAGAGCCAGGACUAAACUUGAUCGUGCUUUCAACGAUAUGAAGUCAUUUCAAAAUAAAUUCUGUCAAUAUGUCGUCAAGUAUCUCGAGGAACUAUCAGGUAAAGGGAAACAGUAUGAGUUCACAUUCCGUUUACUGAACUUUUUUAUCGUGCGUACUUAUGGUCAUUCGCAUAACAGGUGCAGCAAUUCUGCUAUUGUAGCUCUUUCUAAUCCAAGAAACUUAAAAACCCUUCAGCAGCACUACUUACAACCAAUUGUUAACAAAUUAUCGGGAAAUAUUGAAUCCCUAAAGCAUAAAAUAGUAGAAGUUAAAGAGACAAAAGCGUUUCUAGAUGAAAUCAAUAGGAAGGUAAAACAACAGCAUCAAGAUCCGGUGGUAAUAUUCAGAUUUAUUAAAAGCAACAUGCCAGUCAUAACAAAGAAAAUGUUUAGCAAUCUUUUUGAUCUUCUGAAGUUUAUAUCUAAAUAUGUACUACCCACAAAAUCGUGUUACUGGGGUCAAAACCUCGAUCAAAUCCGCCGUGGUCUGACAACAGUUCACAACUACAUGAGUGUUCCAGUAUGCAGCAGCAAUGAGUUAAGUUUAAUGAGUAACGCAAUUAAAACUGCAAUUCAUAAUCAUGAGGCCGUUUGCAAAAUUUACAGACAAGUUCGAGGAAGCGUUUUCCGAAAUAAAUACCAAACUGUGAGAUUUAUUGCUGAUAAUUUACUUCCAACGGAACACUGCUACUGGGGAUACGACCUGGAUGACAUCCGAGGAACUCCGAAUACAACUGAAGUCAGUAACGCCAAAGUAGAUUCGAGUUUGCUUAGUACACUCCAUAACCUGAAUUCGGUAGGUCAGAUCGUCCUAGCUCGUAACAUGAUGGAAGGGAUGUAUUCAAUCCAUUCUACAAAAUGGCAAGACUUUCUUCUGUGUCACGUGUGGAAAAAUCCGUCAGUGUUGAGGGAUUUACAUUGUACUAGUUUUACAGCUUCCUCAACGUGCAUUCCCACGGCAUCUAGUUUCCAGUCAUGCUGAUAAUGAGCAAAAU